AUGAGUGCAGAAAAUAAUGAGAAUGUAAAUAAUGAGAAUGUAUACCCAGAGCAUCCCCACAUAUCAUUACCUGUGCCCGAUAUGAAACCACAUUAUGAUGUGAUUGUUAUCGGAUCUGGAUAUGGAGGAGAAUAUCCUACGAAACUGGUCGAUUGUUUUAAAGAAGUUCAAUGUAGCAUUAAUGAAAUCCAUACGGGCAAAAAAACCGGAAUGUAUCAUUUCUAUUAUGGAGGUGAUCAAGCUGCUGUCGUAGGAACUUCUCUUAUAAAUGCCAAUGUUGCUCUUGAAGCUGAUAAACGUGUUUGGGAUAUGCCUGUUUGGCCUGAAGAAAUUCAUAAAGAUAAAGAAGAAGGCAUAGCUUUGGAAAUGCUUCAACCCGAGCCAUACCCUGAAAACUUUCCAGAACUUCAUAAACUUAAAACUUUAGAGGAACAAGCAAAAAAACUUGGUCCUGAAUAUGCAAAAAAUUUUUAUCGUCCUCCAAUUACUGUAACCUUUGAAAAUCGUGUUAAUUCUGCUGGUGUUAGGCAAUUAAAAUCAAAGCUUACUGGAAAUGAUUGUACUGGUGUUAAUGAUGGUAGUAAGAAUAGUACUUUGAUGAAUUAUGUUUCUGAUGCUUGGAAUCAUGGUUGUGAAAUAUUUUGUCAGAUUAAUGUUCAAAGGAUUAAGAAAGAUAAAGAAAGCGAAAAAUGGGAGGAGCGUGAGAUAUAUAAUGAUGAAAACCAUAAUUCUCUAUAUUUUGUAACUGCUGAUAUGGUUUUUCUUGCUGCUGGUACUAUUGGUUCGAAUGAAAUUUUGCUCAGAUCCAAAAAUUUUGGUCUUGAAGUUAGCCCACAAGUGGGUCAAAAGUUUAGUGGAAAUGGUGAUGUAAUUGGUCCUUGUAUCACAGGAAUAAUUGAUAUGCGUCACUCUGGUGAUUCUGUAUAUGAUGGUUAUGUUAUCGAAGAAGGUGUAUGUCCCGCAGCUUUAGCCACAAUUCUAAAAACUUUGCUUAAAACUACUGAUGUUCGCGAUAAAGAUAAACCUACCGAUAUUACUUUUGGUGAAUCUUUUUCUAAAUUCUUAAGAGAAAUCUCUUCUCUUUCGAGUUAUCAAGGUGCAAUGGCAAAUACUCAAACUUAUUUAAUAAUGUCUCAUGAUGAUAAUACUGGAAGAAUACAAUUGGUGAAUAAUAAAGUUAAGAUUGAAUAUGAAGGUGUCGGUGAAACCGAAAUGGUUAAAAGAUUGAAUGAAAGAUUAUCACGUGCUACAACCAACGUUAAUGGGGAUUAUGUUGCUUCACCUAUUUGGGUAAGAGCUAUGGGAUGUAAAUUAAUUACUGUUCAUCCACUUGGUGGAUGUUGUAUGGGAAAAGAUGGUAAAUCAGGUGUCGUAAAUCACAAAGGACAGGUUUAUACAGGCACAGGAACAGCUGUUUAUCAAAACUUUUAUAUAUGUGACGGUUCUAUAAUGCCAACAGCACUUGCCGUCAAUCCAUUCCUGACAAUUAGUUGUUUGGCAGAGAGAAUUAUGGAUCUCGCUGCCAAAGACCGAGGUUGGGUAAUUAAUUAUGAACUUGUUAAGGAGAAGAUUGAUUGGAAGAAUCCUUUGAGAUCAUAUCGUGAAAUUACACCACAAACUGUUGUGCCUGAUGAAGGUGGUAUUAUGUUUACUGAAUCUUUAAAAGGAUAUUUUUCUACUGAAAUCUUAUCUGAGGAUUAUCAGGCUGCUGAACAAUCGACAAUGCAUUUUCUUUUAACUAUAAUCGCAAAUGAUGCAAAAUCACUUGUCAAUAUGGAAGAUCAUUCAGCGGAGAUCAAUGGUACUUUAUGUUGUCGUGCCUUAUCACCUGAUCCACUUAUAAUAAUCAAAGGAAAGUUCCGACUCUUUGUCAAAAACGAAGAACAAGUUGAUUCAAAACACUUGAUGUAUAACUUGACUUUACUGGCCACGAAUGGAAAAAAAUUUCGGUUUAUGGGAUUCAAGUUAUUAACUAAUACUUCCGUACAUAAUGCAUAUGCAGAAACAACAACAAUAUAUGCUACUAUAUAUGAAUAUAAAAAUGGUGAUGAAAUGUCGAAUGUUGUAGACAUUGAUCGAAAAGUAAUGGGAAGAGGAAUUUUACACACUGCAUUAUUUAAAUUUUUAACAUACUUUUUUGGUGUAGUAGCCGAUCAUGCUUUUACAAGAUUUAGACCCUUGGUGUAUCCAAAAAAGUUUCCAAUCGCCAAACCAUUUUACCAUAAACAUAGACCUGAAAAAAAAUCAUAUAUUAUAGAAUCUACUGAUAAAGUUAAAACUGUGAUUCAUAGAUUUGAAGGUGGAUCUAAAGGACCCGUGCUUUUGAUACACGGAGCUGCUAUGUCCUAUGAAAUGUGGGCAACAAAUUUGGUUGAACACACCUUUUUAGAUUAUUUGUUGGAGAAUGGAUAUGAUGUAUGGUUGAAUGACUCUCGAUUAUCCCCAACAAAUAGUGAAUGUUAUAAACAGUUUACGUUGGAUGAUGUAAGACUUGAUCAAAAGGUUGCUGUUGAUUACGUGCGUGAAGCCACCAAAUGUGAUAAAAUUGCAGUAAUCGCACAUUGUCUUGGAAGUAUUUCCUUACUCAUGGGACUUUUAGAUGGAACAAUUGAAGGUGUUGGAUCUUUGGUUACAAGUCAAGUGGCACUUAACCCAGUUAACGGAUUCGUAAACAUGAUCAAACGAAAUGCCCAACUUCUUCCAAUUUAUCGUUAUGUACUUCGACAAGAUCUUUUUGAUGUCCGAACAUCAUCUGAUACUAAACUUUUAGAUCGUUUCAUUAAUCAAGGUCUUCGAUUUUAUCCUUUUCCAAAAAAUCAACUCUGUGACAGUGCAUUAUGUCAUCGUGCAUCAUUAUGUUAUGGAACCUUAUAUCAACACGAACACUUAAAUCAAAAAAUUCAUGAUCAUCAAGAUGAAUUUUUUGGAACAGUUAAUCUAACUACAAUGGAUCAUAUGAUGAAGAUUACCUUUGAUGUAAAAUCAACAAGAAAAUCUUAUAGCACUUUAAUCGAUCUCGGAGAUAAUCCUGACUUAUACUCGGCACGUGAAAUAGAAGGUUAUGGACAUUUAGAUUGUUGGUGGGGAAAUGAUGCUGACAAGGCUGUAUUUCCUAUUGUAUUGGAUCAUCUUGAAAAAACAAAAGAUACUUAUGGAUAUGGAUUGAAAGUGAGUAGUGAUAGUCAAGGGUCUCAUUCAGGUGUUACAAAAAGAAACGAAGAAUUACAUAAACUUGGAAAUGUUGGAGCCAAUUUAAUUCCUGAAGAAACAGCCGAUAACAUCGAUGAAGUAAAAAAAUCUAUAAUUCAAAAUAUUGAAUGGCAAAUGUCAUUCGACAGAAAAAUUGGUGCCCUUAAAUCAUUCCAAGGGUACAUUUGGAAAUCAGGGUUUGCUUCCGGAGAAUUGGAAACAGUGUAUGUUUGUUUAUACAUAUAUGAUGAUGUAAUUGAAGCAAUAAAUCAAUGGAAAGAUUCCGGAAUAAAGAUAUUUAUUUAUUCUUCUGGAAGUGUGGCCGCCCAAAAAUUAUUAUUUGGACAUUCAGAUAAAGGAGAUUUAUUAAAGUCCUUGUUAAUAACUCACCUAGAGAUAAAUGCAGCAAAUAAUGCAGAAUUUCAAACAGCAAUUAUUGAUCGUCCAAAUAAUGCACCUUUAUCUGCUGAUGAUCGAAAGGAUAAU